AUGUAUCGCGAGGAGGCGGACGGGUCGGCGUUGGUGUGGGGGAUUCCCGCCGCGCCGUUUGUGCCGGUGCAGCAUUUUCAGAUUGACGUGUCCACCCUGAACCGCCUCAGCAGCUACUGCCUCCGCCUUGCACGGGAGCGCGGCUGGCUGCAAACGCCUGACGAUGUGGAGCAUGCCACGCCGUGUGCCCAGAGAAACGAGGCGCAUCCUCUGGUGGGGCAGGGAAGCCACGUCUACACAGGCCCGGACAGCACGUUCUUCUUCGCUGGCACCGAGGAGAUCCUUGAGGACCCGCACCCUAACUUCCAGCUUCCUCCAACGCUGUCAACACUGUUUGUGAAGGCUCACUUCUACCUCGUCCAUGUCGGCAGCAGCUCCUACAGUGUGUACACCAAACUCUACACGUACCUGGACGGGCAGGAAGAGACAGCGCGAGACUUACUCGGCAGCUUCAAGGUGACGGCGGUAUGGGUGUCAAAGAAGUUGCGCAUUCCAACGGCUCUGCCUGCUGAUAAGCAGUUGCUGUUGCGCUCCAUUGCUGCGAAGAAUGCGGCCAAGCUGUCUUCAGCCGACAGCGCAAGAACUAAGCGCAUCUCGGUGAGUGACCUUCUGCUGCACAGCGGGUGGUUUGCGAAUGCGGCCGCCAUCGCUUCCAUGGAGCUUGCUGCCUACUCCCCACUCUCCGCGCCACCAGCGAGUGAAUUUCUCGUUUCCCUGCCUCACGUACACUCCGCUGCACCGCUCUGGCUGCUUCAUCGACGCCACUUCUCGCUGCGUGAGGCCGAUAUCGACUUCAACCUCCACGUGAACCAGCUUGUGACGAAGCUGUUCGUGAUCGACACCUUCCGCGGAGCUGCAGGGGAUGCGCGAUGCGCCUACUCGCGUCUCCUGCUCCCCGGCGUGCCUUUAAACCGCGCCGACCUGCUGCUACGCAAGUUCCGCAUCGACUACGUCCGCGAGAUUCCGAUGGGCUGCGCUGCCACGGAGGUAUUUCUCUUUCCUGCAGACCCGGCUCGUGCCAAAGUGCAGUUCUCCUCUGUUGGCACUUCUACAGGCUGCCGGGAUGUCGACGCUGCCACAGCUGCGGCGGCUCUACAUAGUGACGCGGCCCUUGCACCACCGGCGGCGGCAGAUAUGAUGGACAUAGGCUUCUUCGUGGUCGGAGUCCUACGUUUGGACGGUGCCUCCUCGAGCGAUCGCUUCAUUGCCACGGUGGGCGUGAUGACGGCUGCCACCUGCUUCCUGCACUAG